AUGAGAGCCCUAGUGGUCCUCAGUGCCUUUCUCCUGGUGGUCUAUGGCAAGGAGACGUUCGUUGGUGACCAGGUCUUACGAAUCACCUUCACCAAUGAGGCACAGCUCCACCUGGUGAGGUCCCUUCAGGACGAGGUACACUUGAAUGUUGAAAUAUGGAAAGAAUCGAAUAACCCUUUGCUGCCGAUUGACAUCCACGUACCAAGUGAACACAGCCAAUCUGUGAAAGCGCUCCUAGAAUUCAAUGGCAUACAGUACUCGAUCUUGACAGAGGAUCUUCAGGCACUGGUGGACGAGGAGCAGAAAGAAAUGUUGUUGUCCCGGAACAAGGAGCGCAACACCAGCUCUUUCAACUACGCUGCCUAUCACACAUUGGAGGAGAUCUAUGAUUGGAUGGACAAGCUUGUGGCUUCAAACUCAGGCCUGGUCAGCAAAAUACAGAUUGGUACCACCUUUGAAAACCGGCCGAUUUAUGUCCUCAGGUUCAGCACUGGUGGGACUAACCGACCAGCUAUUUGGGUGAAUUGUGGAAUCCAUGCCCGCGAGUGGAUUUCUCCAGCUACCGGCCUCUGGUUUGCCAAUAAGGUUGCCAAUGAUUAUGGCAGUGAUGCCUCUUUGACUUCUCUCCUCAACACAAUGGACCUCUACCUGGAGCUUGUUACAAACCCUGAUGGUUUCCAUUUUACCCACACUAAUAACCGUUUGUGGCGUAAAACUAGGUCAAGGUAUUCUGGGAAUACUUGUAUUGGAGUUGACCCAAACAGGAAUUUUGAUGCCAAUUUUGGAGGAUCUGGAGCCAGUGGAUUUCCUUGCUCAUCCACGUAUUAUGGGCCAUUUGUCAAUUCUGAAAAGGAAGUCAAAGCCAUUGUUGACUUUGUCAAAAACCAUGGAAAUUUCAAAGUCUUCAUUGAUGUUCAUAGCUAUUCCCAGCUUUUACUAUUGCCUUAUGGUUACACCACAGUGAAACCAAAGGACCACGACGAGCUGAUGGCUCUUAGCAAGAUAUCCACAAAUUCUUUGGCAUCACUGUAUGGCACCCAGUAUAGAUAUGGACCCACUAUCACAACAAUCUAUCAAACCAGUGGUUCCUCCAUUGACUGGGCCUAUGAUUAUGGUAUCAAGUACGCUUUCUGCUUUGAGUUGCGUGACACUGGUCGUCAUGGUUUCCUUUUACCAGCCAAUCAGAUUCUUCCAACAGCUGAAGAAACCUAUCUGGCAUUGAUGGACAUUUUCAAAUAUGCCAGUCAACAUCCCUAUUAAAUACAAAUAUUGCAACACCAAGGCUCUCAUGCAUCAAAAUUAAUUUUGUCCUACUGAA